AUGGAGAAAGGGUCAGCGGCUCGCACGAAAGAAGCCAAAAGCAAGAAGAAAAAGAAAUCGCGAGGCAAAGCGGUUCGUGCGAAUAAAGUGCGAGCUGCGAACAACGCGGGCGGAUUCGUGCUAGCUGCAAAUGAUGCGAUUGGCAUCGAUCGAGGCGACUGGAUACUUGACAGUGGCGCGAGCAGGCACCUCGUGAACGAUGAGUCGCUGCUGAUCGACUCGACCGCCUGCGUCUACGAGAUCGCCAUGGCAGAUGGGGAGUCACUGCGGCUGACGCGUGUCGGGAGGGUGCGCCUUGAGGUCCUCGCGCGCGGUGUGAAGGUGAUUGUGACUCUGACAGAAGUCUAUCUUGCUCCACGUCUGGCGAAGAACAUCGUCUCGUACGGGAAGCUGGAGAGCAAAGGGUUUGCCCUCGUGUACGAUGGCAACAAACGAGCGCUAGCGCGGCGCAGCGACGGUACAGUCGUGUUCGACGUAGCGAUUGACAGUAACGUGUUAUACGUUAAGACGACAGCGACACGCGAGAGGCACAGAGCUGGAGAUGCGAUCGUGGCUGCGCUCGAAGCGCGCGCGAUGGAUGGUGAUGCGGAUGACAUGCACGAAGCCUCGCUGCUGCACUGGCACCAGAGAAUUGGCCACCUCGCGUUCGAUACGAUCGAGCGUAUGGCGCGAGAUCCGUCAUCGGGUAUUCGAUUGACCAGCAACAAGCGCAUGGCAUGCGUAAAAUGCCUCAAGGGCAAACAGACGCGCAACACGCAGUCACAACAAGACAGCGGCACCAACUCGCCAAUCGACAGGAUCGGCGGCGUCAUCUGCUCGGACCUUAAGGGUCCCAUGACACCGCAGGAUCGCCUCGGCAAUCGAUAUAUGGUGAACUUUAUCGACCAUAAAUCGAACUAUUGUCGAGUAUUCCUUGCGCGCACGAAAGACGCGGCGGCGAAGCAGUUUGAAGCCUUCCUCGUCCACUUUGAGAAGCUCUUCGGCUUCAAGGUCCACGUUCUGCGGACGGACGGAGGAGGCGAGUAUGCAAACGUCGACUUGUUCUGUAAACGCACGGGUGUCGCACGCCAAGUGUCGGAAGCUCGCAACCAGGCAUCGAAUGGCAAGGCAGAGAGGAUGCACCGCACGGUGCUAAACCUCGCACGCAGCAUGAUGUUCGCGAGCGCGCUACCGUUGCAGUUCUGGGGCGACGCGGUGCAGUACGCCGUCCACAUCUUGAACCGCAGCCCGACGCGAGCCAAUGCAAAGAGAGCGUCGCCUAUCGAGGUGCUGACGGGUAAGUCGCCGGAUCUGCGCAGCAUCGUCGUCUUUGGGUCGUCGUGUAGCGUCUACCGGGACCCGCGCAAGAGCUCGCUACAGCGGCGCUCUCAGACUGGCAUCAUCGUGGGCGUCAGCGAGGAGACAAAGGGGUACAAGGUUCUUCUCCAGCGAGAGAACAAGGUGGUUGUAACACAACAUGUGAAGAAUAUCUCCACGCUCUCGGAUGCGCAGAACGCACAACUGCAGCGUGCGCUGGAAGUUGGCGAUCGAGCCGAUGGAGAGGCUGUAGUGGCGACCCGUGAUGACAAUAUACGAGCGCGAGAUUAUCGCGGUGCUCACGAGAAGAGUAAGAAGCCGUGGUCACGACAAGCGCACGGUACACGAAGCGCAUCAAAGCGCAAGCAAGCAGUUACGCGCCAGGAGGAGAGAUCUGCAAGCGACGAGGUGGUCAACGCAGCCUUCGAGCGCGACUUAUGCAACUAUGGCGAGGCCAUGCGGAGCUCUAAGCGCGCGGAGUGGCAGACGGCGAUGCAAGAAGAGAUCGCCGCUCUGGAGAGCAACGAUGUGUGGCGCGUGACGAAGCGUAGCCCGGGCGUGAACGCUCUUCACUCCAAGUGGGUCUUCAAGACCAAGACAGGGGCCGAUGGAGAGCUCGAGCGAUAUAAGGCGAGGCUUGUCGCAUGUGGCAAUGAGCAAGUGCUCGGCGUCGAUUACAACCUGACCUUUGCCGCAGUGAUGGACAUCUCGACGGCAACGGUAGUGCUGGCGCUCGCAGCAACCUGGGGCGUGCCGGCCAAGCAUGGAGACAUCCCGAACGCGUACGUGCGUGCCGAGAAGGAAGCACAUCUCGACAUCUGCUUGCAGGUGCCACGCGGUAUGAAUGUGUCAGAGAGCACUCUGCGCAAUGUUGGCGCUAUGCAUCCAGGCGAGGUCGUCUUGGAGCUGCGGAGAAGCCUUUACGGGCUGAAGCAAGCCGGGCGCCUCUGGAGCCAGUUGCUCCAUGCGCGACUCAGCGAUGCGGGGUACGUGCGCUGCGUGUCAGACAUGUGUCUGUACCACAAGCGCGACGGCGAAGAGCUGGUCGUAGUUGGCGUCUACGUCGAUGAUUUGCUGGCGACGGGAACGAGCGUCGCGGCAGUCGAGAGCUUCUUCGCGAGCCUGGCGUCGCUGUCAAUCAAGGACCUCGGCCAUGUCCACAAGUUCCUGGGAAUGCGAGUGGAACUCGGGAGCGACGGCGCGUACCGCAUCGACCAGGAGGAGGCCAUCAAGGAGCUACUGCGUGCUCAUGGGAUGUGCGAUGCGAAUCCGACGAAGACGCCGAUUGGAGGUGACUGCUACGAGGUCGUAGGCGACGACGCCGCGCUUCUUGGAACAACGAGCACGGGCGGUGGUGCAACCAUCAACGCGUUCCAGCCCCGCGUCGGGAGCCUGCUGUGGGUCGCACGGUGCUCAAGGCCUGACAUUGCCUUUGCAGUGCAUAAAGCAACUAGGCAGACACAUGCGCCGCGGGUACUCGACUGGAAGCUCGCCAAGCGUGUUGCUCGGUACCUAAAGGGGACAGCGAUGCUCAAGCUCGAGAUGGCGCCAGAGCGAACGAGCCGAGACGCGCUGCGUCUCGAAGCCUAUAGCGAUGCCGACUUCGCGGCUGACAAAGCGGACCGGAAGUCACUAACUGGAGGCGUCGUGCUUCUAAAUGGGAUGGCGGUGUCAUGGACCGCGAAGAAACAGGGCGGAGUGAGUCUCUCGACGAUGGAGGCCGAAUUCGUCGCGGCGUCGGAGGUUGCGCGCGAGCUCAUUGGCUUGCACCAGAUGCUCGGAGAAGUGGGCAUGGCGCCGGUUGUCCCUAUGCUGAUGCACGUGGACAACCAGGCAGCCAUAAGUCAGAUCGAAGGCGAAGCCUCGUCGAUCAAGGCCAAGCACAUCGACGUGCGGCACAAGUAUCUGCGCGACCUCGCUCGUCGUGGGAUCAUCACGGCGCAGCACGUUCGAUCCGAACUGAUGAUAGCGGAUCUGAUGACGAAGGCCGUCGAUGCAAACAAGCUGGCGGCGCUGCGUAGCCUGAUGCGGCUCGAGUAA